AUGGCCGCUGGAUGGUACUACCUCCCAUCGGACAUCAUUCCAUACCCAACAACAAACAUCGCCCAUACCUACCCAGAACCGGGCCAUCACCUGCACCACAUCUCCGUGCCGUACGUCGCACACAAGGUGCUCACCAAGUUCCAUGACAAGGACGAAGACAUCCAUCAGCCAAAGACCGAUGUGCGCGAGACCCAGGGCAACUUCUACCUGGAAAUCGAGUUGCCGGGUGUCAAGGACCACUCGGAACUUCGUCUGCGCUGGACGACGGAGCGUACGCUGCUGCUGACCAGUAAGACUCAUCGGUCCGAGAUCCCAGAAGAGGAGUUGGUGGAGGAGCCUGGUCAACCAAAGCCAGAGGCUGCUGCUCCCGCUCCAGCUCCCACCGAGACUGCUGCCCCUGCUCCUGCAGCACCACCGACGACAACAAUACCACCGGCUCCAGAGGCAACGCAGGACCCCAAAACUACCGGCACAGACCAAACCCCCAAGAAAUUCGCCCCUCACUUGACCCUGUCCGAGCGGCAGAUCGGCGAGAUGGUGCGGGCCUUCAACUUCCCCGUCGACGUCGACCGCGACAACACUCAUGCCAAGCUGGACGCCGGCCUGCUGAGGAUCGUGGUGCCCAAGGUCACCGAGCACGGCGAGGCCAAGCACAUCCACGUGCCCAUCCACCUCCCGUCGUUCGCUUCCAGCGUCUGA